AUUUCUUCAUUGAUCUGUUAAUAAUAAAACACAUAAUAAGUAUUUUAAUAAAUUGAUUUGAAUGACAUCAAAAGUAAUGAACGGGGAUAACUGGAAUGAAAAAUGGCCUAAACAAUCACAAGCUAAUAAAACAAUACGUCGAAACAGUAAGCGAACUGAAAAAUUAAAAUUAUCAAACUCAUCUAAAGGAACAACACCUAGAGAAAAAACUCUUAGAAGAUUGGAAAGCAACGAGAGGGAAAGAAUGAGAAUGCACAGUUUGAAUGAUGCUUUCCAGUCUUUACGUGAAGUAAUUCCACAUGUAUCGAAAGAAAGGCGAUUAUCUAAAAUUGAAACUUUAACUUUGGCAAAGAAUUAUAUAGUUGCUCUUACUGAUGUAAUAUGUGCCAUGAGAAAUGAAGAAAAAGCUAUAGAUCCACAAUCAGAAAUUUCUGAAUCUCAAGAAUCAUCAAAAAAUAUGAAUAUUUGUCUAAAUAUGAAUAUUCCAAUUCCUUCAAAAUCUUGUAGUUAGGAGAAUAUAAAUAUUUAUUGAAAUCAUUAUUC